AUGUCAGCCACGCAUUCAGCCACCAGGUGUGAUGAACAUGUCGGACAUACUGUUCAGCCACCAUCAGCACAAGCAGUACAAGAACUAGUUGAUUCAUUCUCAGAUCAAAAGCUUGAUGCCACAAAAACAAAAUCGAUGCAUGGUGGGAUCGAGGAACAAGCAAAGAACGACACAAUCUUUAGCCCCAAGCAAGUUGGGUUAUGCAGAUCAUACAGGGAGAUGUUGACGGACGAGGAAGAAGAUGUGGUUUCAUACCGUCGUUUCUGGGAAUACACUUGGGGUGGCAAGUGUGGUUUCUUCGAAGACUACACCUUUGUGACUCCCAUACUUUAUACAUAUGGAACCAUCCCAGCACAUGCUGGCCCCUUCAGCUUCUUGCAGAUCUUCUCCAUCAAGGUCAUGGAGAAUGAAAUGUGGAGAAUCAGGUGGCCAGUGGGGGUAUAUGGCUUCAUUGCCGCUCGAGACAAUUUGGAUCGUAAUCGCAACCUUCUGUUCAGCCAGACAAGGGAUGACCCCCAAAUUCUCACUCAACAGGAUUCAUUUUUGCAAUUGACUGGCCCGUGUCGCCCAAUUGCGUUGAUUGACCCUGUUGUCUUUGAGAUUCAACUAAAAGUGAAGGGCAGAACAGAGUGUGAAGAUGAAACAUUGAUUGCUCGAUCGUUUGAAUAUGGAUAUGGUUUUGGAGAAUAUGGUGAGCUUGCCUGUCGUCGUUGGGCCGGCAAUUUUUGCACACUAGAGAUCACCUCUGCGCUACUUUCCAGAACGGUUGCAGCCACUAUCAUCUCUGCUGAUGUUAUUAAAGGGUCAUGGCCUGUUGAUUAUAGAGGUCGUGUGGUUGCCCGUACUGCUGACAUAGAUGAGGAUUUUGUGCUGCUUGAUUCUGGAGAAGGACGUCUGCAAGUGAAUCCAGAUGGUCGUAUUGUCCUUCAAAGGGGUGUUGUUUGUGUGGAACAUGAGGGAAUGCUCACGGUUUCCGUGGAAGCCUACUCAGAGGCAGGUACUUGUCGUGCAGAUUGCGUUGAAUUCAAGCCCCAAAAAUCCCUCACAAGUAAUGGUACUUGCAACCUUGGUUUCUGCACGGUGCAGUUUAUUGUUGGUUGGUCCCCCAUGGCAAGAAAGUAUGAUCUGAUGUACGAUGGCAACUGA